AUGUCCAUGUUCAUCUCAAGGAAUCAAGUUAUUGGUCUUCUGUUGAUCUUCCUGGGCAUCUCAGGUUUAUACACUGGAGUUUCUGGAGCUAGAUAUUUAAAUGAGAAGGUGGAAAAUCCAGAGAAGCCUCAAGUUCUUCAGAGGAAAAGCUCCAGUAAUUCUGCAGAUGAAGGCUUUUUUGCAACAAUCAACAGAGAAGUGCCUUCUUCUCCUGACCCAUUGCACAAUAGGUAG